UGGGUGACGAUUGAAUCAGAGCCAGCCAUCUUCAAUCAACUGCUGAGAUCAUUGGGUGUCCAUGGUCUUGUCACGAAGGAGGUAUUUAGUCUGGAUGAUGAGACAUUGCGCUCCUUUGCGCCCAUACACGGCUUUGUCUUUCUGUUUCGCUGGAAGGUGGAAGAGAAAAAGGAAGAUGGGAGACAGGUCAGCUCACAGGAACAGAAUCAGCAUGAUCUCUGGUUCGCUAAUCAAACGGCCGACAAUGCCUGUGCAACGCUCGCAUUGCUCAACAUCGUCCUCAACUGCCCACAUCUCGACGUCGGUCCCUUUCUCAGCACCUUCAAAGCGGCUACGGCAGACUUGAAGGCGCCACUCAAGGGACUUGCCUUGGCGAGCUCAGAGACACUACGACAAAAGCACAAUGCAUUUGCGAAACGAUCAGAGAUGGCAGAGGCUGAUUUACACUUGAUGCAACGAGCUCGAAGAGCAGCUACCAAAAGGCGAAAGAAUGAGGGUGAAGAUGCAUUUCAUUUCAUUGCCUAUUUGCCAAAAGAUGGGCAUCUCUGGGAACUCGAUGGCCUCAAACCAGCACCCAUCCAGCAUUCUGCCACCUUGGCACCCGAGGAGUGGUAUUUGAAUGCCGUGCCCAUGAUACAAGAGCGCAUUGAACGAUACAGCGCACAAGAAAUUCGGUUCAGCUUAUUGGCUCUUGCAGAGGAUCCUGCAGUCUCUCUGACAAGGAAGCGACAGACAUUACUCGCUCUCCAUGAUGCAGAUCCAGAAAAGGCCAGCCUCGCAGAAAUCGAUGCUCAACUCGCACAAAUAGAUGCAGAGCGCAAGGAAGAAGCAAUGCUUGCAGCACGACGUGCUCAUGAUUAUACGCCGUUCGUGGAAACCAUGCUGACCUUGCUGAAUGAAAAGGGCGUCUUGAGUUCAGUCUUCAGCAGCACGCCGUAA